AUGAGGCGCUCAGCACUACGGACAGUUGAGGUUGCGAAGCCACUCACCAGGUUUCCUCGUUCCGUGUCCAAAGGCUUCGCUACAGCCGCCAGCGAAACAACGACCAGGGAUCCAGGGGAAUUAGAACAGAUCACCACACUCUCAAAUGGAGUCCGCGUUGCGACAGAGUCGCUCCCAGGACCCUUCUCGGGCGUUGGGGUAUACAUCGACGCCGGAUCGCGGUACGAGGAUGAAAGUCUCCGGGGAGUCAGCCACAUUAUGGAUCGGCUAGCAUUUAAGUCGACAAAGUCGCGCUCUGGAGAUGAGAUGCUGGAGCUUCUUGAGUCGCUGGGAGGAAACAUACAGUGCGCGUCGUCCCGCGAGUCGUUGAUGUACCAGUCCGCCAGCUUCAACUCGACCGUGCCGGAAACUCUGGGCCUAUUGGCGGAGACGAUUCGUGAUCCAUUGAUUACGGAGGAAGAAGUAAUGCAACAACUGGCGACGGCGGAGUACGAAAUCAACGAGAUUUGGGCCAAACCAGACCUCAUCCUGCCCGAACUGGUUCACAUGGCCGCCUACAAGGACAACACUCUGGGAAACCCGAUAUUAUGCCCACGUGAGAGACUAGGGGAGAUCAACAAGUCCGUGGUAGAUCGAUACAGAGAGAUCUUCUUCAAUCCAGACAGAAUGGUCGUUGCCUUCGCCGGAGUGCCUCAUAAUCAAGCCGUCAAGCUUGCAGAACGGUAUUUUGGGGACAUGAAACAGAACAAGCUGACCAGUGGUCCGGUCUUGUCGGGUGCUGGGAUUGAAACAACUUUAUCUGAGUCCGAGUCUGCCACCAAAGAGGGCCAGGUGCCGACACUUCCUCAGUUCACGCCGACAUCGACUACGACGACUACGGCUACCUCCCCACAUGGCCAGUCGAAAAUUCUCUCUAAGCUUCCAUUUUUGAAGAAGCUCUCUCCUUCUAAUGCCAAGAACGAAUCUGUUACACCGCUGGACCCUUCAUUAGUGCAGCCGUCGAUGUUAGACCUGACACGGCCCUCUCACUACACCGGUGGAUUUCUCUCCCUUCCUCCUAUCCCCCCUCCCGCUAAUCCCAUGCUUCCUCGAUUGAGUUAUAUUCACCUCGCCUUCGAGGCUGUGCCCAUUUCAUCACCAGACAUUUACGCCAUGGCAACUCUCCAGACCCUGCUGGGAGGCGGUGGCUCCUUCUCUGCCGGCGGCCCUGGCAAGGGCAUGUAUUCUCGUCUCUACACCAACGUUCUGAACCAGUUUGGCUGGGUUGAGAGCUGCUUUGCAUUCAACCACAGCUACACGGAUAGUGGUAUCUUCGGUAUCUCCGCCUCUUGUAGCCCAACCCGGACCACGGACAUGCUUGAGGUCAUGUGUCGGGAGCUUCAUGCCCUCACGCGGGAUUCGGGGUACACGGCCCUACAGCCUCACGAGGUCAACCGGGCCAAGAACCAACUCCGCUCGUCCCUCCUCAUGAAUCUGGAGUCUCGUCUGGUCGAACUCGAGGACCUUGGUCGUCAGGUCCAGGUUCACGGGCACAAGGUCUCCGUCAAGGAGAUGUGUGAGAGGAUCGAGGCUUUGACUGUGCAAGACUUGCGAAGGGUAGCCAAGCAGGUCUUUGGCGGUUACGUACAGAACAAGGGAAAUGGUACUGGGAGGCCGACCGUUGUGCUGCAGGAAGGCGAGUUGGAGGGCUACCAGCUCCGCGCUUUUCCGUGGGAGGAGAUCAAGGAACGGAUUGCAAGAUGGAAUCUAGGGAGGAGGUAA